AUGGACCAUAUUGUCCGUUGUAUGCUCGAUGUCGACCCCAGUGACCUCUACUACGACCCAGACCUCGACGAAGACCUCGAUUUGGACACAGACGACGUUGACAGCAAAUAUACCACCUCCAGCAGACACCAGCAUCAAGGCCGCGGGCCGGCUGUGUAUUCAUAUAUAGAAGCGAACGCCCCGACAAUGGAUCAGGCGGCCGUCCAAAGCGUCGCCCAUGCGUCCCUCUCCUCGAAAGUCACCAGCAUCCCCAGCCUCGCCAACCUCGCCAUCACCGACCUCGCGGUCAAGCACGUCCCAAUCAAGGCCCAGCUGCAGCAGCUGCACAAGCAGCAGGCACCUCUGCCUGCGCCGCCCGCCGACGAAAAGGAAAAGCAGCCGUACAUCUGGCGGAUGCACUCGCAGGCCGAACGCAAGUACCAGCUUUUCCCCAAAGACAAGCAGCACCAGUCUACUGCUGGCAAGAGCAUGGAUCCGGAGCAGGCCUUUGCCAUGGCGAUGGGAGGCAGCAAUGCCACGACGACUGCCGGCACCUCCACAGCCGCUGCCGCUGCCGCCGCCGCCGCCACCACCACCGCCGACAAGUCCAACCCGGGCCUCCGUCUCCGCAUCAAAGAGCACACUCUUAUCCGCCGCCGCAAGAUCAGUGUCCCCGAGCUGGGGCCCAUGACCACCGUUCAGGAAGUUGCCAUGGAUUCUCCCACGAUCCCGGGACGUCCGCCCCUUCAUGAACGCUCCAUCAGCGCGCCUGGCAACAGCUGGAAGCAGCACCACCUGGUCGACUGCAUGAUCCCACAGACCUCGUUCUACGACGACAUCCCCGAGCAGAGCGUCUACGUCUCGUACGAUUCGGUGCUCAGCAGCAGCCCGCUGGAUGUGCCGCGCUGCAACUCGGCCCAGGCGGUGCUCUCGCCCUCCAGAGGCGACAGCGGCAGUCCGGCACCGGCAGCCAACGUCCCGACGCUGACGACAUCCGCUUCGUCGCCCUCCAUCGCCAGCCGGCAGCCGCUGUCGCCCAAGAACCUGACGCCGCUCGUCAUUCCGCCGACGCACGCCAGCUCGCACGGCUACGGCCAUUCGCAUACCCACCGCCACCACUACCAGAACCACCAGGCCUCGUCCUCUCUUUCCGGCCCGUCUCUGCGUCCCGCGGGCUCUGCGUCGGCGACGACGCCGCUGUCCUCGCAGAGCAGCCGCUUCCGCUCGGGCAGCACGCCCGCCGAGUCGGCGGCUUUGCGGUCUGCUCGCUCGGACGAGUCGCCGCGUACGCGCACGCCCUUUACACCAUUUACGCCGUACACGCCGCUGUCCGCCAUGUCCAACCCCUCGACGCUGCCCACGCCCGUGUCGGCUUCGUCCACCGUGCACACCCAGAUCCCGGCCGAGGUAUCCCGCGCCUCGCCGAAGCUGCGGACGGACGGCAACAACUACACCGUCUCACCGAAGCCAAAGGAGAAGGACGCUGAGAGAGCGGAAAACGUGGACACAAGGUCCUCAAAUGCAGGCCAUGUGACGCCGCUGCCCGCUGAAACGUCGGAGCUACGCAGCGCACCCCCACAGCCGCAGCCGCAGCCGCAGCCGCUCUCACAGGGUCUGUCAGCAGCGGCAUCGGUGUCCGCCGCCUCAGCUGCUGCGUCUGCCGCGGCCUCGGCCGCGGCUUCGGCCAUUCUCAAGACGCUCCCGACGGCGGCAUCGAUCCUGGGCCACCGACGUGGACAGUCGGAAUCCGGGAGCAUUAUGGAGCGUGGCCGGCCGCGGAAGCGGAGUGCGUCACGCGAGGGCUCGGCUUCGGCCGCCAUCAACGCCACGGUGGCUGCGGGCAUCUCCGUGACGGCCAACACGGGAACGACUGCGGCCCAAGCCCAGUCGGCGUCGGCGGCCGUGGUGUCGACGCCUGCACCGACCGCGUCCGCCACGACGACCACCCCCGUCAUCAGCAGCAGCACCACCACCACCACAACACUCAGACGCUCCAACUCCAAGGCCAGCAAGAGCGCCGAACGUCGCGCCUUUGAGCUGCUACCCCGCGGCCACAAGGCGUCGGAAGCACCGGCCGUCCUGGGCGCCAGCGAGGCCGCCGCCCUGGCCACGCAGGCCCUCCAGCAGGCCGCGCGCUUCGAGGUUCUGCGCAAGGAAGACGUCGACAGCCUCUCCCGCGAGCUGCGCAACCUCGACGACCGCACCGAGUACCUGCGCCGCACCUACACCUCGCUGCGUGCGGGUCGGCGCAACCUGCACGGGCGCAUCUGCCAGUAUCUGCGCAGCCCCCGCGUGGCCAAGUUCAGCCACGACUCCAUGCUCAAGCAAGAGGAGGCCCUGGCCGAGCUCGACACAUCCAUCGAUGACUGGGUCACCAAGCUGGAGCAGGCCGAGAACCGCCGCACGCGCGUGCGCCAGAAGCUGCUCGAGCACGUCGCUGCGGCCGCCACGCUCCCCCUGACAUCGUCCCUGGCCGCUGCCGCCGUGGCUGCGGCUGGUCUGGUGCCGGCCACGCCGGCUACCCUGCCGCCCUCGGCCACGACCAGCCCCUCGGCGAACACCGGCGUCGUCGGUUCGAGCGAGAGCCUGCAGAUGGCCAUGGGCAUCAAGCCGCCCUCGCCGCCGUACGCCGCCGCUGCUGGUGCUGCUCACGGCGUGCCGUCCAUCUCGACGCCGCCGCGCAGCCCGACCAAGUCCGCCUUCCAGUCGGGCGGCCACGCCCCGUCAUCGUCAUCGUCGUCGUCGUCGUCGGCGACGGCCGCCGCCGCCGCCAUUCAUCACGCCUCCAUCGUGUCUCCGGUUGCUGCCGCGUCCCCCUCGCCUCAGCGGCCCAUUGUGGCCCAGGUGCCCUCGACGAUCCUCGAGCAGCCCGUGGUCGAAGAGGCCAUGGCCACGUUCAGCAAGGACAAGGACUUGCCGGUGCCGCGCACGCCCACAACCCAGACGGCCCCGGCCGCCAAGCCUGCCAAGCCGUCCACAGCCAGUGUCUUGUCGGCGGUUACGGCGUCGCCUCUGUCGCCCGCCAGCACCCUGGCCAGCGGCCGCCGUGUGGAUGUGGAGAGCAUCCGGGUCUAUGCCGGCGACGACGUCUACGCUCUGUUGGCCGACGUCGAGAACCAGAUCACCCAGAUGGGUGUGCCGGCCGGUGCUGCCGCUGCUGCCGCUGCUGUCGUUGCAGGAGGAGCCCACUCGGCCACUGCCGGCGCCCAAGACUACUUCUCCACCCCCCGCGAUGCCGUGCAGUCUGAUGAGGACCGCAAGCGUCUGCAUCGUGCACACAGCCAGGAGCUGCUGAGCGGCGGUUCCGGUUCUGGUUCCGGGUCUGGUUCGGGCUCUGGUUCGAAGCGCGGUACUCCCACACCACCCGCGUCGCCUACUACCGUCGACGCCCCCAUCAGCCGCCCGGAGUCGCCCGCGGACUCCGUCGAGAUCUUCUUGACCAGUGCCGUCUUCCGUCCGGAGCGGAGCAUCCUGGCUAUUUAA